CUAAGGUUUAUACUUAUCACUUAUCAUUUAUAUUAGCGCUUAGUAUUUCAAAGUGACGCCUUGAAGAAACACGUUAUGGAUGUUCAAACGUUCCUGAGCCUCCUUUUGGAGUUUAUUUGGACCUUCAUCAAAGUUGUGUAUGAAAUAAUUCGAGCUAUGGUGAGGGUAGUUAUACCUCAGGAACCAAAAUCUGUGAAGGGAGACAUCGUGCUUAUAACCGGUACAGGCCAUGGAAUGGGCCGCGAGAUGGCGCUGCGUUUCGCACGCCUCGGAGCCAAAGUGGUGUGUGUUGACAUCAACCAGCCGAACAACGAGGAGACAGUGUCGAUGAUCAAACAGGAAAAGGGCAACGCGUUCAGAUACGAGUGUGACGUAACAAAUCGUGCAGCUGUUAUGCAAUUAGCUGAAAAAGUUAGUAGAGAAGUAGGUGAUGUGACGAUCCUUGUAAACAAUGCGGGAAUCAUGCCCUGCAAGCCUAUCUUAGAACAAACGGAGAAAGAGAUCCGGCUCAUGAAUGAUCUUAAUAUUAACGCAUAUAUUUGGAUGAUUCAAGCCUUCCUCACACCAAUGAUACAAAGGAAUUACGGGCACAUCGUCUCCAUGUCGUCUAUGGCUGGUCUCCAAGGGAUUAGGAAUUUAGUCCCCUACUGCGGUUCUAAAUAUGCCGUCAAAGGAAUUAUGGACGCUCUGGCGGUGGAACUGCGUGAUGAUAAGAGAGAUCUUAGCGGAAUCAAACUAACAACUGUAUUCCCAUACAUCGUGAACACGGGUCUCUGUCAGAAGCCGAGAAUUAGGUUCGAGAGCCUCAUGAAGGUAGUGGAACCGGGAGACGCUGCUGACAUCAUCAUAAACGCUGUGAGAAGAGAGUACAAUGAGGUUACGAUCCCUCAAGACCUACACUAUGUUAACAGAUUCGUAUACCGGCUACUGCCCUUCCAAGCUGCGUGUGUGUGCGCAGAUUUCUUCGACGCCGGAGUUGAUCCCCACGAUUAAUUAUACUUGCAAACGUUAUAUUGUAAUAUAUUUUAACACUUAACCGUUUUCUACAGAAUAAUAUUGCGUCCAUAAAGUCAGCUAGACCAUCCAUUAUUUUAGGAAGUUGACAUGUCUUAUUCGUAUGAAACUGAGUUCACAAGAACCUCAUAUAAUGUAUUAAUAUUAAUUAAAAUUUGCAUUAAAAAUAAUUGCAAAGUUUUAAACUAUCCACGCUCAAUGUUUGGUCAAAAAAUUACAAUCCAUUCGUGCCCAGAAUGCAGCUAUAGUAACUAAAGAUAGAUAUGUAUAAGUAAUUAUAAGAUUAUGAAAUAGUUAGAUGAAUUUGAAGAAUACGUAAUAUAUAAGGUUCGUGUAAGUUUAUAUAUGAGAGAAUAUCUGAAGCACAAACACAAUUUAAUUGAUAAAAAAUUAUAUCAGAAAAAAAUCUUUUCCCUCCAAUAUUUAAAUAAAUCUAAGGAAGGAUACUGAAAUUAACCAGAAGUGGUGCCUUUAACAUUUACAACAAUACAAUAUGCUAUUGUGAAUGUUUGUACGGCUUGCAUUACUUGUAGUUCUUAAAAUCUUAGUAAGGUGGUGAAUUAUUCUCUAAAUUUAUCCAUGUAAAACCAUUACCCGUUAUUUGUCUUCACAUUCUAAUUUCUUUCACUAUUUUCGAUAAGAAUUCUAAAAAAAAGAAUAAAAGCCAAUAAUAUGUAAAAUAAUGGCAUUUAUGUACCUAGAAGAUUCUAUUGAAAUCAUUUUGAAUCUCUGCUUUGUUGAUUUAAAUUUCGAACGUUAUAACCCAAUUACAAAAAAAAAAAACAAACAAAGAUUAUUCCAUUAAAAGUGAAUAGGUAAAAUGACAUUACAUUAAACAUGGAAAUUUAAUUUCUUUUGUUUUAGUGUUAAUUGGUAGCUGGUGGG